AUCCGCUGAGGGAACGAAAAUAAUAAACAACCAAUCUGCCUACCUAUAUUCCUGAAUGCUUCAUUGAUUGAUCCGGUUUGUGGAAACGAAUGUUAUUUUCAAAUUUCAAUAAGUUUCCCAAUGGCUCAAAUGGCUAUCACUCUGCUCACCAGAGCAAUCGAAUACGACAUGAACGGCCGUAAGCUGGAGUCACUCAAACUGUACGAGGAUGGAAUCGAGGCUCUACUCAAGGAAUCAAAAGCGGAAACGGAUCCCAAGCGGAAGCAGCACUUUCAGAGUAAAAUAAUCGAGUACAUGAACCGAGCAGAGCAGGUGAAGGACCAAGUGACACGGUGGAAGAGUCGGGGCGAGAUACGGGACAAGAUGCACGUCGUCGAUGGCGCAACAGGUUACAGCUACGGACGCGUGUUCGGGCGCUACAUGACGGACGAGGUGAAGGAGAUCCUGGUGGAGGAGCCGUACGUGCGGGAGCACCACCAGGUGUGCAAUUUGGUGAUGUUUAGCGAAUUGGCUGUGACGAGCUGUAAGAAUUUGAAGUUUAUUAAAUUAUUAACGGUACGGGAGCAGAAGAAUAACGACGAGCAGGGGCGCGCUUUUCAAACGUUGAAAGAAAGUUUAAAGAAGCAAGGCGUCGAGUUCUUCGUGGAGUACUCUCCGAGUAUGCACGACCGUCAAGUGAUAUUGAGUAACGGCUUUAUAGUGAAAAUAGGGCGAGGACUGAACUACUUCAAACCAUCUCCUAGUAAAUAUUGCCUUGGAGCCUUCAACUAUCACUUUAGAGAAUGUAGGGAAACAAAUAUUGAUGUAUUUUAUUGUCCCGAAAAUGAUAAAGCGUGAAACAAAAAAUGGUCGAUGAUGUUCGGAAAGAAUUCCCCCAUUCUCCAUUAAAUCCAUGUGAAAUGUUAAUUUAACAAUUAUUUGAUCUUGAAAAUCGUUGUCAAUUUUGACCUUUGGCGAUUGAUGUUAGGCCAUUCUCAUAAGGGUUCAUUCACAAAUUACGCCACUACCCUGAAUGCCAUUACCCCUAAGACCAGUACCCCGAAAGGCCAUUGAAAACAUGUCAAAACAGAUACCGGUGAAUCGCAAAACGAAAAACAUUUGCAAAGAAUAAAAAAAAAUUUCUUAGAGUUCUUAAUGAAACGCAAUAAAGAUUCUUUUUAUUUCCAUGUAAUUAA